CCGACAACUAGCCUGGCUAAUGUUCACCAAGAAAUCUACAAGACUGUAGUCAAUCUAUGUGACUGCCGGGGGAACGGACGCCAUGAAACUGGUCGUCCUCCUAUGUGUUCUCACACAUUUUUCAGGACAAGGUACUUCCCUCUCGUGCACUGUUUGCUUGGUUCAGGGUGCAACGUUCUGCACCGGUAACAAUGUCACCUGCCCUCCAGGAAGGGUGUGCGCCUCAACACACACAGUCAAUGUGGAAGACGGAAUAAAGAAAAAUGAAUUUUUUGGAAGAUCCUGUGUCCCUGAAAACCAGUGUCAGGGUCCUGGAAGUUUCAGUACUCACAACAGCAGGUCAAAAAAAGGCUUUUCAUGCUGCUACACUGAUAACUGCACGCCGCCUCCACCAGUAUUACCACCAGACGACACUAGACAGAAUGGCUUAACGUGUGCAACCUGUACUAGAAAUGAUGUCAAUUGGUGUGACACAGGAAGGACCAUGAAAUGCACUGGAGACGAAACAUUGUGCAUUCUGCAAUAUACAAAUAUGUCAGGAGCUCUGUCAAGGGAAUCUGUCCUUCGUGGUUGUGCCUCUCCCACCAUUUGCAAUAUUGGCAACCAAUCGGUGAUCACUGAUGGAAUAAGCGUUGAGGUUCGGAUUUCAUGCACAGGAGGAAGUCCUGGUAUUCACUGUGAUUUCAAAGUCCUUCUUGGAUUGAUUCUUUUUUGUCAAAAAUAUUUUUAUUAAAGUGAAACAAUAAAUAACAAGGUCAUACAAUGUACCAAAAUAACUGGAGGGAUGCUUAUUCAGUUGAAUGAGUAGUCUGACAGCUUGAAUAAGUUGUGUAAUUAGGUUGUGCUUGUGUGGUUUCCAUGCUGGGUUUGAAAGCCAUAAUAAUACAGAUUCGGGGGUCAACUGGA